UACCGAAGCUGUGUGGUUGAGCGAAGUGAAUGACGUCUCUGCAUUUGCGGGCCGCCGACGCAGGGCUGGGUUACCAUUUUCAGAGCGAGUUUCGGGGGGGAUCGUCAACAUGGAGCCGGAGAUGGAGGACAAAACGUUGGAGCUGAUGAACACAUCAGGGAUGGAGUCACAGAACCUCGUGGACGAUCUGUCGCCAAAGAAGAAUACAGUUCUCAAGCUUAGUAAUGGUCCUGUUGUGGGGUCCCGCAAGCGUCCGUCAGAGGGGAACUAUGAGAAGGAAAAGGAACACUGCAUCGCCCUGUUUGACCAGUGGUCGGAGGCCGACCAGGUGGAGUUUGUCGAGCGCUUGAUCUCCCGUAUGUGCCACUACCAGCACGGCCACAUUAACUCCUACCUCAAACCCAUGCUGCAGAGGGACUUCAUCACUGCGCUCCCAGCCCAAGGCUUGGAUCACAUAGCAGAGAACAUCCUGUCUUUCCUGGAUGCACGCUCGCUGUGCUCGGCAGAGCUGGUGUGUAAGGAGUGGCAGAGGGUCAUCUCUGAGGGUAUGCUGUGGAAGAAGCUCAUUGAACGCAUGGUCCGCACUGACCCACUGUGGAAAGGCCUGUCCGAGAGACACCAGUGGGAGAAAUAUCUCUUCAAGAACCGCACGGCAGAAGUCCCACCCAACUCCUACUAUCACUCCCUUUAUCCCAAGAUCAUCCAAGACAUAGAGACUAUUGAGGCUAACUGGCGAUGUGGCAGACACAACUUGCAGAGGAUUCAGUGUCGCUCAGAAAAUAGUAAAGGGGUUUACUGUCUCCAGUACGACGAUGACAAGAUCAUCAGUGGCCUUAGGGACAAUUCCAUCAAGAUCUGGGAUAAACAGUCUCUGGAGUGUCUGAAGAUACUGACCGGUCACACAGGCUCAGUGUUGUGCCUGCAGUAUGAUGAGAGGGUCAUCGUCACUGGGUCUUCUGACUCAACUGUCAGGGUGUGGGAGGUGACGACGGGUGAGGUACUGAACACACUGAUCCACCACAACGAGGCAGUGCUUCACCUACGCUUCGCCAACGGCCUGAUGGUCACCUGUUCCAAGGACCGCUCAAUCGCCGUCUGGGACAUGGCCUCUCCGACUGACAUCAGCUUACGUCGUGUCCUGGUAGGACAUCGGGCUGCUGUCAACGUGGUCGACUUUGACGACAAAUAUAUCGUGUCCGCCUCAGGGGACCGCACCAUCAAGGUAUGGAGCACCAGUACCUGUGAGUUUGUGCGCACUCUAAAUGGUCAUAAGCGGGGCAUCGCCUGUCUACAGUACCGGGAUCGCCUGGUUGUCAGCGGCUCAUCUGACAACACAAUCCGGUUAUGGGACAUAGAGUGUGGGGCGUGUUUGCGAGUGCUGGAGGGUCACGAGGAGCUGGUGCGCUGCAUUCGCUUUGACAACAAGAGGAUUGUCAGCGGCGCCUACGACGGUAAGAUCAAGGUGUGGGACCUGCAGGCAGCCCUGGACCCACGAGCCCCUGCCAGCACACUAUGUCUGCGCACUCUAGUGGAGCACUCUGGCCGCGUGUUCCGUCUGCAGUUUGAUGAAUUCCAGAUCAUCAGCAGUUCUCACGACGACACCAUUCUGAUCUGGGACUUCCUGAACGUCUCGACCAAUGGCCAGUCAGAGGGACGGUCUCCCUCCCGCACCUACACUUACAUUUCUAGAUAGCAGGUGGCGCCAUCCACCGCACCCUCUUUUGGAGAAGCCCAGGGCUGAUAGGCUGAUGGGUGUGUCCAUCACGGAAAGGAGCCCAUCUCUUCUCCUUCCUCCUCGUCAUCUCUCUGUCCACCUCCCACCCCGCCCUCGCCACCUCCACCACCUCCCCCCUGCCCGUUCUGACAGACUCCUAAGCUUGUGCCCCAUUUCCCCGCCAGUCCCAUUGACAUGCACACACAGACAUGCACACACAGGUCAACACUGAUGAGGACGCCCUACUACAGAACCAACGCAACUCUCCCAAGAAGUUCACCUUCUACUACUAAUUUAUGUUUUGUAAAGUACACUAAUGACAGUAUUAAUGUAGACCGUAUAAGUCACAAGCUCCCCUUUGUCCCCUUUAUACAAACUAAAGCAGCUUCUGCUCCUCAGUUUUCAACCCCUGCCAAAACAGGUUUCCACAGAUAUGGAAUCGCUUAUAUAUAUAUUUAUAUAGAUAUAUAUAUAUAUAUAGAUAUAUAUAUAGAUAUUUUACACACACACACACACACACACACACACACACACACACACACACACACACACACACACAGUGGCACAGUUGGACAGAGGAUGACCAGAGCUGUGAUGCGGGAGACAGAGACUCUUUACUCAGCUCUAGGAAAGGAGGGAAGGAUGGGAGAUGGAGGGAGUGAACGAGGGAGAACUGUGUCGGGGAUGACCUGCAUCCGCCCCCGCUCCCUCUCACUCCCUCUCACUCCUCCCUGUCUCUCUCUCUCUCUCUACCCCACCCUCCACCCCACCCCACCCCCCCCCCCCCCCCGCUCCCUCCCCUCAAACCCCCCAGAGAUGCACACUCGCUUGGAAUAUGGGGGCGCACACACUCAAGUUUGCGUGAGCGUGUGUUUGUGUAUGUGGACUUGUGAAACGGCAGAACAGAGCAGAAGCGUCAAACAGACAGACAUGCAUGUGAGGUUGCCUUGGAUACAGCAUCCCGGUACACCUCAGCUUUUUUUUUUCUCUUUAACUCUUACUUUCUUACUGUUUUUUAUUACUGUUAUUUUCUAAUUUUAUUUGAGUAUUUUGGUUCUUAGUACAAAAAUCAUACUAAGCGUAGUCCUCUUUCUCUUCCCCUCUUUCUCUCUUGACUGUCUUUUUCCUCAUUCUUUACUCUAACUUCGACCCUUGUUCAUCUGUCCCUUUCACUCCAUCUUUCUCUCCCCCAUCAUCUACGUGCUUGCUUUGGUUAUGAGAGAAGCUGGAACUCAAGAGCUCAAAUUUAGCUGUAAACAGAGUUGUCUUGUCAAAAAUUGUGUUGUAUAUUAAAAAUGAUUUUUUAAAGAAGAAAAUGACCUUAUUGUGAAUAAAGUACUUGACAGUGGUGGAGUGUUGAGCCAACUGUAACAUGAA